UUAAAAAAACAAUACACCCCCAAUUCUACACCUUACGAACGAAAAUGCCCUCCUCCCUAGCAGACUAUCUCGCUAAAAACUACCUCACCGCUGACCCCAACACCGAGCGCCCGAAGAAGAAACGCAAGAAGACCAAGACCGCCGACUCUGCCAACGAAGGGCUCAUCAUCGCCGACGACGACCCGCCGGAUCUCCGCACCCAAGCUUCAAACUUCGGCAACGACGACGAAGAUGGCCCCUCGAUCGAGACCUCCGGCCGCAGCGCGGAGUUCCGCCGUACGAAGAAGUCCAACUGGAAAGUGGUCGGCGCGUCCGCCGCGAACGAUGCCGAGAAGGACGCCGCCGACGCCAUCCUAGCUUCUGCGGCGGCUGAGAAUGCCGCUCGUCGGGAUGCGGGCGAGGAUGAGGAUGCGCCGGCCGUGGCGGAGGGAGAGGACGACGACGAGGACGGCAUGCGCAUGGAGUCUGGCGCCCGGGCGGGUCUUCAAACGGCGGAGCAAACGGCUGCCAUGGUGGCUGCUCAAGAGCGAAGGAAAAAGGCCGAAGCGGCAAAGUACAAGGAUAGUUCGCAGGCCGAUCAGGCGCAGGAAACGAUCUAUCGAGACGCGUCGGGUCGGAUCAUCAACGUAGCCAUGAAGCGGGCGGAGGCGCGACGGGCGGAGGAAGAGAAGAAGGAGAAGGAGGAGCAGGCGAAGGAGGCGCUUAUGGGAGACGUGCAGAGACAGCAGCGGGUGGAUCGCAAGCAGCAGUUGGAAGACGUGCGGGCGAUGCCGGUGGCGCGCGGCAUCGAGGAUGAUUCUCUCAACGACGAGCUCAAGUCGCAGCAGCGGUGGAAUGACCCCGCGGCGCAGUUCUUGACGAAUACGAAGGGUCCUGGGAAGAGCGUGACGGGUCGUCCAUUAUACCGGGGGGCGUUCCAGCCGAAUCGAUAUGGGAUUCGACCGGGUCAUCGGUGGGAUGGAGUGGAUCGGAGUACUGGGUUCGAGAAGGAUUGGUUUGGCGCAAGGAAUCGGAAGGGCAGACUUGAAGCCUUGGAUUACCAGUGGCAGAUGGAUGAAUGAUUGCAUCAUCCGAUGGACAUUGGAAGUCAGCAUGUUACAACCACGGGAUUAUUCAUUUUUCUAUGGCAAGAGAUGCUACGCAUGAUGGCUCUGGUGCUGGACACCGGAGGGCAUACAGUGAAUGUUGAUGCACGUAUUUACUAGUUAGCUAAUUAAUGUGGUCUGCAAGGUGAUUGCAGCAUGUCUCCGGAGUAGGGCC